AUGUUCUUCUACACUUGCUUUGGACCUCGGAUCUCGCCCUUCUUCCAAGUGGACCCCAACUGCUCCUGCCCCAUGGACGGCUCCUGCAGCUGUGCUGGCUCCUGCACCUGCAAGGUCUGCAGGUGCCCCUCCUGCAAGAAGGGCUGCUGCUCCUGCUGCCCCGUGGGCUGUGCCAAGCGUGCCCAGGGCUGCAUCUGCAAAGGGGCCUCGGACAAGUGCAACUGCUGCACCUGA